AUGGAGACAACCAUCUCCACUGGAAUACCUACCUCCCUUGAGAGAGCGAAGGUAUUCCCCCCUAUUAACAAACAGCAGCUCACGCCGGUACUCAUCACCGUCGAAUGCGAGCAGAUUGCGACGUCGAUCCCCGGCAUGAUACUCGACCGAGGAAGCACAGCAGUACGUGCCCUACGCCGUGGGCCACCACCAAGGAGUGGUGCCCCUGGACCACUGAUCGGUCCUACCUCGGGACCGCCGGCUGGCUACUGGGCCUAUGAGCACCUUGACAACAAUGAGUCAGAGUCGGAGCCAUCCACAACAGAUGGUGACAAUGAGCCUGACGACGCCGAGGUCCAGCGGCUCAACAAGCAGUGCCAGAGGAACUGCGGCCUGAUGAACUUGCCCAGGCAAGGAGCAUCGAGGAGUGACGACAAAGGGAAGACAGUGCCGCGGCCAUCAGACACCGAUAACGAUGUCUCAUUGGCCUCGCACAACUGGCCCAAUACGUUCCCUCUCCCGGUCGACAUGCAGCCAUGGAAGGCGACUGAGUGGUACAACUUUGUACCCUGGUACAUCUGCGACUCCCAGUGCAUCAUCGAUGCAGCCCACAGUGGCAACGAUGGCGUGCGCACCCGGGCAACUGACCUCAUCCAGCAGAUGCAGCAAGAUGGACACUUAACUGCAUCCCACGGCAUGAUGAACCUGCUCAUGUCAUGGCGACAUCACGGCAGCUCCGGAGUGAUAUACCCGCUGACGGUUCCGCCUCCCUGCUGGAUGACCAACCUCACCAGCUCAUCGACAUUCGACGAGUGGGUGGCGUGGUACGCACAGAACCCGAGACAGGUUCACUGGGUCAUCAGGCACUUGAACAAUGAUCGCUCGGAGGCCCCACUAUACCAGGACCUGGAGGCGAUGUGGCUUGCACAUCGCAUGGCCCCCAUCAUCCCACUCGGUGUACCAGUGACGGCCCACAAUGUGUUCAUUGAGCACACUGCGGAGCUGUUCUCCAUCCCCAGACUGUACACGUGGAUCGUACAGGUCAGGCAUUACCCCGUGGCAAACAACAAUGAGCCGGCCCCAUUUCCCCGCUCGUCCGCCCAAAACUCGUCCAUAUACGAUGUCGCACAAUGGUACGCUGCCCGCGGAUUCCAUCCCAUGCAGAUUGGAUUCCUCGAGGAGUUCCACCAUCGACACUGCAACUACAUCCUCGGACGGAUUCUCGAAGAUGUGACCCCAUUUGAGGGGCACUUCCUGGCAGACCUUCAUCACGGACGCGCUCGGCCGGUACCCCCGACCCACGAGUUGUUAUCACUCAUUGAUGAGGACGUGGCGAUGCAGCCGCCAGACCCCGAACCACCCACACCCGGCGCUGGCAAUGCCUCUGCUGGCAGCAGUCAGCUGGGCCCCAACCCUGGAGUGACCCCCGAGGCUGGUGACCCUGACCACGACAUGGGCGGCCACUAG